AUGACAACGCUUUAUCUGACCCGUCCGCAUCUCGCUGUGCGCUCAGCACGGCAGAUCGCCCACCACGAAGCCUGCUGCGUGGCCCGGCGCAUAGCUCCCCGCAAUGCUUCCUUCUUUGCAUACCAGCCCUCGCGGCACUUCAGCGCGUCGAGGAACCGGUUGCAGCAGCAGCAACAGCAACACAGGAAAGAGUCAUUUGGGUCAAGGCUCCGAGCAGCCCUCCGGAGUACGAAGGUGGAAUGGAAGCCGAUUCCUGUAGGCCUGGGUAUUGCCUCGCUGGGGGUACUGCAGUUCUAUCGAAUACAGCGGCGAGAACAGGCGAGGCAAGAGGAGGAGGCUAGACAGACUGCAGGCGGUGAGGGUGGGCAGGAUGGCGGCAAGCCGAAGAAGAGGCAGAGGGUGCGGCCAACUGGUCCAUGGUCCGUCCAAAUCAUGUCCACCCUCCCCCUUAAAGCUCUAUCACGCCUCUGGGGCCGCUUCAACGAGCUCGAGAUCCCCUACUACCUCCGCGUGCCCGGCUUCAAGCUCUACUCCUUCGUCUUUGGCGUAAAUCUCUCCGAAGUCUCAGAGCCCGACCUGCACGCCUACCCCAACCUCGCCUCGUUCUUCUACCGCACCCUCAAGCCCGGCGUGCGCCCUCUAGAUCCCAAUCCGCACGCCGUACUCUCGCCCGCCGAUGGCAAAGUAAUCCAGUUUGGCACAAUCGAGCACGGCGAAGUCGAGCAAGUAAAAGGCGUGACCUACUCCCUCGACUCCCUCCUCGGCUCGCAAAAGCCCAAGACAUCCGGCACGAGCACGCCCUCCGGCAACACAACCCCCGACACCAACAUCGCCUCCUCUCCGCAGUCGCCGCAGCCAUCAUCAGAGAGAAGCAAAGAAGGCUCCGCCGAGGUGAUAAAGGACGACGAGGAGUUUGCGCAAGUAAACGGCAUAUCCUACACCCUCCCGAACCUCUUCUCCGGCGACCUGUCCUCCUCCACCACCACCCAGACCCCCGCAACCGACCAAUCCACCGCCGCCUCCCCCUCCUCCGAGUCCGAAGUCCGCGCCGACCUCGCCCUCCGCGCCUCCGAGCAGCCAUGGUGGGCCCCCUCCUUCACCAAAACCCCGACCGCGCUCUACUACUGCGUCGUCUACCUAGCUCCGGGGGACUACCACCGCUUCCACUCGCCCGUGAGCUGGGUCGUCGAAUCACGGCGGCAUUUCGCUGGGGAGCUGUACUCCGUGUCGCCGUACCUGCAGCGCACGCUGCCAGGCUUGUUUACGCUAAACGAGCGCGUCGUGCUGCUUGGAAGGUGGCGGUGGGGUUUCUUUAGUUACACACCAGUCGGAGCGACGAAUGUGGGCAGUAUUGUGAUCAAUUUUGACAAGGAACUUAGGACUAAUAGUCUGUUGACUGAUACGGCGGCGGAUCGGGCGGCGGAGGAGGCGGCGAGGAGGGGGGAGGCUUAUAGUGGGUUUGCGGAGGCCACCUACGAAUCCGCAUCUCCUCUCCUCCGCGGCCACGCCCUCAAGCGCGGCGAGGAGAUGGGCGGCUUCCAGCUCGGCAGCACAAUCGUGCUUGUCUUCGAGGCGCCCAAGGGCCAGCGGCCGUCUUUCGACGAGGGAUACCAGGAGGGGAAACGGGAAGGGCCCGGGUGGGAGUGGAAUAUUGAGCCUGGGCAGCAUGUUAAGGUGGGGCAGGCGCUGGGGCAGGUCGUGGGAGUGUGA